AUGAGGGAGAGCGCCCUGACCAUGAGGCGGCUGAGCGGGACGUCCAACGGCGGCAGUGGCGGUGGUGGCGGUGCCAGCGGCGGCAAUGCGGGAGGGAGCUCUGGCGCCGCCGGCCACUGGGAAGGAGGCGGCGGCAAUACGGCGGCGCGGGUCCGGGGCGUCAACGCGGGGAUCAUGGACGAGAAGGUGCUGCAGCUGGUGUUCCGGGCGCUCAACUGGGACCCGCAGUCGCUGUGCGUGGUGGCGCGGGUGAGCCGGCGCCUGCGCGCCGUCGCGGAGCGGGUGCUGUGGCGGGAGCUCUGCGUCUCGCGGGCGCCGCGGAUGGUUGCGGCGCUGACGGGCGGGGCCGCGGCCUCGGCGCCGGCGGCCGGGCGCAUCGGCGGCGGGUGGCCGGCGCUGGCGAAGCUGCUCCUCUUCUGCUGCGGCGCGGCGGGCACGGGCGCGGGCGCGGGCGUGCCGGGCCACUUCGCCCCGGUGUCCCGCUUCUCCAAGACGUCCGGGCGGAGCUUCCUGUCGCGGCGGUGCGCGGGGGACCUGCUGUACGUGUCGGACCCCUGCGAGCACGCCGUGCCCGGCGCCGCCGACGACGUCGGCGCCUACCGCGGCGUGUUCCGCGGGUUCAUGCGCUCCCGGACGCGGGCGUGGCUGGUGGGCCACCGCGACGCCGCGCUGGAGCCGCGCGUGCGCUGCCCCUACUGCGGCGCGCGCGUCUGGAGCAUGACCGCCGCGGGGCUCGCCCCGCGCAGCGCGUCGCGAAGGCUCGGCGCCUACGAGGGCCGCGUCGAGUACUUCGUCUGCGUCAGCGGACACCUCCACGGCAGCUGCUGGCUCGCGCGCCUCUCCGACAGCGAGGGCGGCGCCGGACCCGACGGCUCCGACGCCGCCGACGCGUCCGCCGGCGCCAGCGACGAGGACGACGCCGACCUGUGA